UAGAUUGCUGACUUUUCGUGAGGUUUUGUAUUUUAGCAAGUUUCUUUUGUAACGCGAAAAAUGUAGCUUGCCAAUAGAAUGAAACUCGUACGUUUAUACCUAUCGACAAACCGGAUCACAAGAACAUGGAUAAAUUCCGAUCUCGCGCGUUUUCUAACACUCCCACUCUGUACGUCAUCCACUGAUAACAAAAAAACGAAAAAAAACUCACAUCCAGCGUCGACUCGAUUUCUCCAUGUUCUUAAAAUACGUCGGCUGUACAUAAAUACAACGCAAGUGCAACACACACACACGCACACACACACAGCCUGCACACGCGAGUCGAGCCGAACACACGCUCUCAUUCACGGCAUGGGGUUAAAAAGAUCGUGUGAAAUAUUCACAACUAUACACGCACGCCGCACAGAGCCCGCGAGCAAACAUCAGUAUCAGCCAAGCUCCACGCACACAACGAUAAACUUCGAUAAAGUCUGCAUACAAUAAACGUGUGCGCGCGAGCCAUGUGCGCUCAUUUUGCGCGAGUACACGCGCGCAUCAAUAACAAUCCACAGUUUACAAGCGGCCUGCUGCUCGCUUACGUAGUUUUCGGUUGUGGUGCUGCGCAAAUCAUAUAUAUGUUUAGCGAAUGCUUGUGCUUAUUACGUAUAGUAUAUUAUACAGGCAUGCUUUGUUCGAGCUUGUACUUUUUUUCUUUGUUCUAUAACUCACAUGGGUUUGUCUUUUCUUUUUUUAACUUUGAUAACCAGCUCUUAGUGUAGAAGUGUUUUUACCUCCAGUUGUUAAGCCUCGAGCGCUGGUGCAGACUCCGGGGCAACCUCUUGUUUUACUUCAAGUCGAGGGAGCAGUGGUCCGAGCCCCUCGGCGUCAUCAUCCUCGAGCAGUUCUCCGUGCGCGUCGAGCAGCCGACCAAUCAGAUUCCUUAUGGCUUCAGCAUAGUGUUCGACGGUGGAGUCUAUCAGCAACUCGGUGCCAAUUCCUCAGAGGAGAGGGACAGCUGGCUACAAGCUCUGCAGUUAGCCAGCUACGAUUGCAUGCGCAGUCAGCUGUUGGCGCUCAGGCAGAGGAUGGAAGCUACAAGUGGCCAUAAGCACGACACCGACAUUCAAAUGCUCAGGCUCAAGCGCGGCAUUACCACAGUUCAACUAAUCGGCAGCUCAGUUCCGUUCCUACCCAUAGCGUUAAGGCAGUACCCGUCAGUAGGCCUAAGCGAGCCCCUGACCGAAAUGCGCUCUUGCUCAGCAGAUCCCGCGGAGAUACCGAUGUGCGAGAUCUCGUUGGCGUGCGACAACCUGCUGUGCGACGGUCACGGCCGGCCGCCGAACCCCGUGCUCGAGGUCGAUGUGCAGACCUGCCACGCCAAGACGUGGGUCAAGUACGCGCGCACCGAGGUCGUGGAGAAGAGCAGCAAUCCGGGCUUCUUCACGACGGUGAGCUUCCGGGCGAGCGAUGGCAUCAGCGCCGAGUGUCGGCUCCGCAUCACCGCCUACGACGUCAGGGAGCGGGUCAGCCAGACGGCCACGCCGAUCGGCAGUGCCAUCAUGACCUUCAGCGCCGUCCAGGACACGCCGAGAUUGAGGAUCCCGCUAAAAUCGGCAAAGGCCACGACGGUGGGCUUUCUCACGAUCAACGUGUGGAACCUGGAAGCUGAAGAUAAGGGAAACAGUACUGAGAGUACGCCUUCCAGAAAUGUGCCAAGUACCGCCAAUCAAAUGUAUUGUCAUAGGCGUUCACAGUCGCUUCCUCCGAGAUUGGGUACGAAAAUCAAACUCCCGCAUCAGGGACAAUUAAAACUUCUAUUUGCCAAUCCGCAUAUCCAGACGUACAGAUUUCAUUCUGGUCUGGGUGGUGAUAUCUGCGUUCACGAGACAAUGGCCGAAAGCAAAUUGUGUUUUCAAUUUCCCCAGCAACUGUUAGGAAUUUGGAUUCAAGAAGAAAAGGAGCUUUUGCAAGAAGUGGCCGGCAUGGGCGAGUUGAGGGAACCUUGGCAUACCAAACAAGUAGAGCUUCUGGAUCGGCAUUUGCACCUUUUACAUUCUUAUUCUCAAGCCAAAGAGAAUCUUGCCGCCUUUAAAGGGAGCUACUUUAAACAAUCGUCACGGAAGAACGAGAGAUCGUUGGAGUUUGCACCUCUUAAUUUGCAUUUACAAAGAAUGUGGGUCCAUAACGAUACCUUGAACAAAUGCGGACUUUACGAUUUUAUGAGUGUCGGGGCUUUUACUGCUCAUUCUCACAAAAAUAAAAACGGCGGUCUUUUAAGGUUAGUGCAAGCAUUGAAAGAAUCUCCAGUACGAGGUACUCAGCUGUACCAGGGAACGUCAAAGAUCUCAAUGGCCCACGAUGCGAUCCAAGCCAUCAAACAACUUCGCCGAGACGUAGUGGAAGCGAUGCGGUCACUUAUGAAACUGGCGAAGGAAAAACAGACUAGUGGUAUGCUACCCAUAUGCGAGGAUAUGGUCUCAAAGACUCGUAUACUUCUCAGCCUUUGGGAUCCCGGUCUGGUAGAGGAGGCGCUUACGUUUUUGGAAGAGCAUAAAGUAGCCAAGGUUCAGGAGGACAUAAAUAACGAUGACUCGCUUACCCUUAACUUUAAAGUCAAUCAAUCGCUUUCCCCGUACAAGAGAAUCACGCAGCAACUGAAUUUCGAUUUAAGAAGUCCAGAUUUCGACGAAUUCGUAACGCCAGACACUCCUGAAUGUGUACAAGACAUUUGGGCGAAGGAAAGCGCGAAAAGCAAGUAUGUCAGUUUCGCAGCGAAUAAUGAGAUUAAUAGUAAUACGGAGAAACAGCAGACUGAUGAGAAUUUCGUGAUAUUCCCAGAGGUCGAGGACGAACCUAAAGAGACUGAUACAACCGAGACUGUCGACAAAGAAAACCUCAAUGGCGAAGACAACAAUAACCACAAUAACGAGGACGAAGAAAAAGCUGAAUUCGAUCGUGUCAAUGACUUGGACUUGAGCAAACGCUUCCUUGAUACACAAAAGAUGUGCAAUUCUCCCUCAGCCAAUUAUUACAAGCCAACCGAUGAACCCGAGCCCUGGGAUCUUACACAGCUGAAUAUUGAGGCGAGCGUUAUGUGCCUCGUAUCAAAAGUGAAGUUCCUUUGUGGACGUUGCAGCAGUCCUGCGGUGAGAUUGCGUAAUAAAAAUGGUAUAGAUAGAAAUCAGACGCUGAAGAGUUGUCUGGCCAAUAACAGGGGUAACGCUACUGCAGUAGUGACGAUUCAACCGAAGAACGGAAUCAAGAGUGAAGAAGCGAGCAAAUUACUAGAAAAUGGGGCGCAACAGAGCGGGACUGAUAAGCAGAAUUCUGCUGCCUCUAAGGCCAAAGAAGGGGCAACUGUGAUUUAUUGUAAUACGUCUUCCGAUAAAGUGUGCCAAGCUAUGGACUCCAUGACGCGAGUGAUAAAGAGUAAUUCCAACCAAAGGAAUAAAUUUACGGAAGGUCUGGACUUUGCCUCGAUCGUCGACUGGACGAGUGAAUUAAGGCCGAGCAUGAAAAAACUACGCCAAGCCAUGGACGGCCUGUUAAAGACAGCUCGGCUAACACACUCAGUUUUUAGAGUGCAAGAGGAUACUAAAACAGCCAUUCGUGUGUGCAAUGUUCGAUAUCGUCGAGAUGUGUGCUUCAGUCAAGCGCUGACGGCUCUAGUAUCUGGUUUGAUGGCAAAACUUUGGUGUCAACGACCUGAUCCCAUGUUUUUACUGAUCUUAACAACACUGGGUCCACUUGUGUCCUUUGAGGGCUUAUUAAGUUACUACGGUGAUGAAAUUGAUAUGUGGGGGGAUAUGGCUGUUGCUGUUGAAGACAUGCAUACAGUCACCUUUACUUUGUCACGGUGCGGCAUCCAUACCAGCAGAGUAGAUGGGAAAUCAAAAGCCACACAAUUUCCGUCGCCCAGAGUGAUCGGAUCACGAACUGCUUUGACGGUGCUUCUUCCUGUGCCAGAUGCCAUAUAUUCCUUACUUCCGUUAGUACCCUCUUCCAAGCAAACUCUCUCUUUCAACGUGACGCCCGUAUUUUUCAAUAUCGGAAUCAAUGAAAUGGCUUCUCUAGCCGAAAGCCUUGGAACAACAAAAUCUCAAGAAAAAAGUAAUGUGGAUAACUUUGACCGACUAAAUGAGUAUUAUUUAAGAUUUAAGAAGUUAAAUCUACCAACUGAACCUGCGUCCGCAAGAUUUGGAACACGAUCGGCUCUUAAUCAAACUUUGGCCGACAUGAUGAUCAAUCUAAAAUCUUCAGUUCAAGCGAAAGUAAACAAGAAUGUGGAGAUAUUACAAUUAUCUUCACAGAUAUGCAGACGUAUGCGAGGGUUAAGAUUUACGAGCUGCAAAAGCGCAAAGGAUCGCACUGGCAUGUCCAUUACUUUAGAGCAAGUUAACAUUCUUGCAACAGAGUAUCAUCUGGCUGAACAUGAAUUAAUUAGAGCUCUGGACUGUAUGCGAAGCGAGGGAUGUCGAAGAGAAAACACGUGGAAGAACAUUGGGGUGCGAAAAUAUGCAUUUAACAGCCUACAGAUUAUGACUCUUCCGAAACAGUAUCGACCACCAAUUGGUACUUACGGCUCGGCGCAGACUUAAUUUAGGUGUUACAUAAAUAUAAUAUUUUAAUGUCUUGUUGUACAGACUAGUUUUUUAAAAAUACUACAAUGUAAUGUAGUGGUCACGUGUGUGAGAAUGACGAUUCGACGAUAAAUAGACAAUUAGUACGAAAAUCAAGUAUAACUUUCUUUGAAGGUGCUAUUAUUACUGGGAUAAUUAUUGGUUAUGAUUAACAAUCAACCUUUUUUAUUAUUGUCAUAUACUACUGCAAAUAGUUGUAAAUGCUUUAAAUUAAUCGUUGAGUUUGUAGCAAAUUGUACAGUGCCAUUGUUUUCAUAAGUUAAUUCGAAAAAGUAAACAAAGCCAACUCUAAAUAAAUAUAUUGUUUGUACAAUGAUUGCAGGGAGAGAUGAAAAUUUUGUUUAUUACAGUCAUGUAAAUACGAAUUAGUGCGAAUAUAUUGCUCAUAAAAAUAUUUUAGAAUUUUAUUAUAAUCAUUAUUCUUACUUUUUUAUUUAUUUUAAUAUAAUUCAUUGAAAUUUAUUAUAUUUAAGGCAUCGUAAACCGACAAAAAUAUCUGAUACAGUUAUUAAUAAAAUAAAAUAAU